AUGCCAUUUAAACGCCCUCUAGGAGAAAGAGCUGAGAAUCAAAAUGCUCCGAACUUUAUCAGACCACUGCAAGAUAAACGAGUUCUGGUUGGGCAAAGUGUUGUCUUGGAAUGCCAAGUUGCAGGACACCCCGAACCAGUGGUGAAGUGGCUUAAAGAUGGACAAAAUGUAACACAGUGUCCUGACUAUGAGAUUACUAAUGAAGGUGUAAAACACCGGUUAACAAUCCGGAAAGUGGAUGCUUCUGACAGUGGUCGGUUCACAAUACAGGCCAUGAACGCUGCUGGAACGAAACAGUCAACAUGCACACUGAUAGCAGCGCCCGCCCCAACACCUAUUCCUGGAGUCAAAAAUAUCGCAUUAUCACCUGGUCCACCCCAGACUCCGGUCGGACCUUCUGCACCGCUUUUUCUUAAGGAACUGAAACAUCAACCUCUAAAGCCAGGAUCGCAGGUCGUCUUAGAAGCCCGAGUAGCUGGCAAUCCAACGCCUCAAGUUGAAUGGUUAAAAAAUGGCUCACCACUCAAAAAUUACCGGGCGAAGCAGGAAUACGACCCACAAACAGGAAUUUGUGCUUUAAUUAUUCCUCAGAUGUUCGCUGAUGACAUUGGAGAAUACACAUGUAAGGCCACAAACCAACAUGGUGUUGGGCAAACGUCGGCGCACUUGCUUCCGGGCGAUGAAUACGAAAAGUGGUUUCACGAGGAGCAAACACAAAUUACCAGAGAAAGAAAACAGAAUAUGUUAGCGCAGUCUCGGCAAGCUCAAGUUUUAUCUCCAGAAAAAAUGGGUAAUAUGACAAAGCAGUACGGAUACGGGAAACCAGCAACAAUCGCGCAGCGGCAAAUGCAAAGAUUUACUGGAAACGGUAGCUCUGAGCACAGCAGUUCACUGGAUUUGGUAUGGGGCGUUAGCGAAAGUGAAACGGAACCUGAAUUAGCAGCAAUAGAUCCUCGGAAUGUUGGUACACCGCCAAUCUUACAAACUCCGCUCAAAGGGUUACGCCUUACCGAAGGGACCGAUGCUAUUCUGCAGUGCAGUGUUGUCGGAAAUCCAAAACCAACGAUCACUUGGCUUAAAAAUGGCAAAGUGAUUGAUCCGAGUAGCUCAGCACGUUUUACUGUUACACAUAAGGGUUCCUUGGCAAUUCUGAAAAUUUCUAUGGUCGUGCCCGAGGACAGUGGUGAAUACAAAAUUUUGGCCAGAAAUAACUUUGGAAAGUACUGA